AUGGCGAAGGCCCGUUCCCCCCGCCAGAUUCUUUCCACCCUCUUCUCCUCUCUGGCCCGCGACACUCCCCAGUGGAUCCUCACGAGAACCCUCAAGAGUGACAAUCCGAUGGACAUCAAUGGCGUCUUGCGGGGCACGGCAACCUUCACGCCUCUUCGGGAUGGAGAGUCGGAUACAGAUUUAGGUGAAUCUCAAGGUAGUGAAAUUGAACUGGUCUACCGGGAAGAAGGCGAAAUACCUGCGUCGGCUGACUCUGGCGUGUCUUCACCCAUGUCCGGUCUACGCUGGACGAAAAAGUAUAUCUGGCGCCUAGAUGAACAGGGGAGUCAGAUGAGUGUUUGGUUUGCCAAGGUCGGACAGCAAAAGGAUGAAGCGGAUUACCUCUUUCAUAAAUUCAAAUUCAAAUUCAAAUCUGAUGACCAAGACAAUGUUCCGGGAAGGCAAGACAGCGAUUCGCGUCUGGAUGAUGCACAUCCUAUUGAAAAUGGAGAUGAUUAUAUCUCACCGGUUACUCCGCCCUUGCCUCUAUCCAUGUCUCCCUCUGUAGCCGCCGAGGAUGCAGGCAAGGGUUGUGAUACAACAGAUACAACCGUCCUCAUUGCCUAUGGAGACCAUCUCUGCGUCAAAGACAUGUAUUACACGGCGUAUGCCUUUCGAAUUCGCUCGACUGGUGAAGUGGUGAGCUGGUCCAGUCGGCAUAUUGUUAAGGGCCCAAGGAAGAACCAGGAUAUUGUCAAUCUUUAUGAGAGAGGGGGUUGA